UUAUUAUUGUGAAACAGGGUAACACUGUUACGUGCAAAGCCGGAGAACAUGGCGAAAGAGACUGACGCAAUGGCGACGGGGAACACCGUAACAUCAAACCCUAGCCAUGGAGAACGACCAAAAGUGGUGGUUAUAACCGGCCCAACCGGUUCUGGAAAGUCAAAGCUAGCCGUUGAUCUGGCCUCCCACUUCCCCCUCGAAGUAAUCAACGCCGAUUCCAUGCAAGUCUACACUGGCCUCGACAUUCUCACCAACAAGCUCCCCUUCUCCGAACAAAACGAAGUACCGCACCAUCUUUUGGGCACUGUUAACCCAAACAUUGAAUUCACCGCCAAAGCUUUUCGGGAUUCUGCUAUUCCCAUCAUUGAUGCCAUAUUGUCUCGUGAUCACUUACCCGUUAUAGUUGGUGGUACUAAUUAUUAUAUACAGGCUCUUGUGAGUUUGUUUCUGCUAGAUGAUUCAACCCAUGAUUUGAACGAAAGCUAUUUGGGUGACUCACCUGGUAUCACAGGGUGUGAUAAUGGUAUUGUUGCUGAAAACGACGGUUCUAGCAACAGUUAUGAUUUGCUUAAAGAUAUUGAUCCAGUUGCAGCAAAUAGAAUCCAUCCAAAUAACCAUAGAAAGAUAAACCAAUACAUUAGUUUGUACUCUCGUACUGGUGUUCUUCCCAGCAAAGUCUUUCAAGGACAGGCAGCAGAGAAGUGGGGACAAGCUGAUAACUUAAGAUAUGAUUGUUGUUUUAUAAGUGUAGACGCAUCUCUCCCGGUAUUGGACAGAUAUGUGGAGCAGAGGGUAGAUCACAUGAUGGAUGCGGGAUUACUCAAUGAAGUCUAUGACAUUUACUCUAUGAAUGCAGAUUAUACCAGAGGUUUGCGACAAGCCAUUGGUGUCCGUGAAUUUGAGCAUCUUCUUCAAACCUGUGUUUUCAAAAACGUAAAUCAGAAAGAGAAGGAGUUAACUGAUGGAGCGAGCUUAGAAAAUGGCAAGCCAGUGCUUGGUGGAAAUUUAAUGGAGUGGUUUAGAUCUUCCUCUGAUACUAAAUCCAUAAAUCUUUUAGAAGAAGCAAUUGAGAAAGUAAAGGUUAAUACCAGGAGACUUGUUCGCCGUCAGAAGAGGAUGCUCAGUCGACUUCAAACAUUGUUUGGUUGGGAGAUACACUAUGUUGAUUCCACGGAAUCAAUAUCUAGCAGAUCAAAUGAUGUAUGGAAUAGCCAAGUGGUUGAAACUGCCAUGAAGAUAGUGACAUCUUUCUUAAGUGAGAAUGGUAACUUGUCGGCGUCAAAUGGCAAUGGGAUGAAAACAAUCCAAAGGGACCUCUGGACUCAAUACACAUGCAAGGCCUGCUGUGAUCGUGUUCUUCGAGGAAUACAUGAAUGGGAAGAACACAUACGUGGUCGUGGGCAUCGCAAACGUAUUUCUAGUCUCAAGAGCAAGGCAAAAUAUCUUAGUUUUGUGGAGCAGAAGCGUGAGCCAACCGAGCGCUAAUACUCCGAUAUAUGUUGUAGUUUGGAAUACAUUCCAGAUAUGGAGUUAUUGUAUACAUUUACACAUUUUUUUUAUCAAGCAUAGUUGUUCCUAUGAAUA